CAGCUCACUUCCGUGUCUUGAAAGUCUGUGUGUAGCACGUAAGUCGUACAGUUCGUUAGACAAAAUGUGAGGAUUAUCGUGUUCUUCUCAAAAUUCAGUUUAAUUUAUGUGCGCCCAAUUGAAUGCGGAAAACGGGAACCUCUCUAUGAUGUUUAGCCCAAAGGAUUUGUCUCUAACCGUGCCUAACGUUUCAUCCGGGUACAAAGAAAAGCCACUCGCUGUCGUCGCUCCUUUUCAGAGACCCAUAUUGAAUUUAGGAAUUUCUCCGGAAAACCAGCGCGGUUUGUCCGAUGGCUCUUUACCAACUUCCCCCGAGGUGGACUGCGACGAAGUUCUAGACGUCGGCUGCUUCCUGAAGCACAACACGCGAGAGAUUAUCGCCGAUUUUCUUCUGCUCUUCACCUCGCCUUCUCGCCCUUUGGGGCGACAUCAUAAGGUUUUACAGACGAUGAAGUGCGUUGUAGACGGCUUGUUGGUGAAGCACGAACUUGUAUAUAAAGGAAUGCUUGCAAAGCUGUGCUUGGACGAGAGAGGAGAUGACAUGAGUGUGAUUAGUUCAGUGGCUACAGAGCUCUUCAGCGAUGGAGUCACAAACUGGGGUCGCAUUGCCAGCCUGCUGGCUUUUGGGGCAGUUGUGUCUAAAUAUGAGAUGGAGUCUGGCCGAGGGCACUGUCCAAGCAUUGUGGCAGAAGAGAUCUCAUCAUAUCUCCUGUUUAAUCAAAAGGAGUGGCUUCUGAAAAACAACUCGUGGGAUGGCUUUGUGGAAUUUUUUCACGUUCCUGAUCCAGAAUCUUCAGUGAGGUCCGCAUUAACGACCUUUGUUACUGUGGCAGGCAUUGGGGCUGUUCUUGCCUACUUGACGAGAUGAGUUCCACUGAACCUUCUGACUGACUUUGGACUUUGCUAAUGUUCUUUUACUGCUUUACAGCAGUCUAUCAAGCAUUACAUUCCAAAAUGAUGAUAACAUGUCUGUGUAAAAUUUGAAGAUUUUUUUUUUUUUGGAAAGAUCCCAUGUUUUAUUCUUGAAGAGUUUAUUUUUUUUUAUUAAAAUGUUUCUUAAAACACUAUGUCAUCUCUCAAAAUGUUUUUCUUUGUUUUUGUUUUUUUUUUAUUUUCAGAAAAGAAAAUUGUUUUUGAGUCAGUAGUUAACUUUCAAAUGAAGCUCAAAACAUUUCCAAGAUGCCCUUUAUUACUUCUGUUUAAGAGCACAAUUAUGGUACUUUAACUAUAUGGGGCUAUUUAGCCAGACAUUAGUUAAUAUUGAUCCUGAGAAAUAAGCUGAAGGUGCUUUCUACAUGUAACUAACUAUACAAUUUAAGGCUACUUGCCAUAGGUAGACAACUUAACUUUGUAGCAACACUUUGGUGCCAUUUUCUUUUUGUUUUGAAUUUGGUUUUUGGGCAGUCCUACAGUUCAGGAAGUUCUGACUCUUAAGCACAUUCACCCAAUUCAUUUCUGUUUUCACAAUAAAAUGGUUUGUAGACCAUACAAUAAAACUGAUUGUUUAUGUAAUUUCA